AUGAAAUCCGACCGCUGGAACUGGUUUUAUUCUCCUGACGUCUCGGCUUCAAACCGAAGUCCUUAUUAUUUAGAUUUAACUCUUAUUUUCAUAUUUUUUUGCUUCCUAGAACGCGCAACAGACAGCGGCAAACCCUGCAUCGACUGGGCCCUUAUUCUCGAGAUUUGUGACGCCCUCUGUGAGACCGACGAUGGACCAAAAGAUGCUAUUCGGGCCAUUCGAAAACGCCUUACUUCGUCCGCGGGCAAGGACCAUCUGAGCGUAUGGUAUACCCUCCUCCUGAUAGAAGCCUGUGUGAAGAACUGUGGUAAACGUUUUCAGGCUCAGGUUGCCAACCGGGACUUCCUGCGUGACCUCAUAAAGCUUCUUCUUCCAAAGUAUGAUGCACCGAUUCAAAUUCAAACAAAGGUGCUUCUUAUGCUCAAGGUGAGUUGA